AUGACUGAGCCCGACUUUGAACUGUUCACUUCUCUUCGCUACGACCCUAAGCUGUCAGGGGUCUCUAGCGCCCGAAUCGAGGGAUGGAAUGCCUCCAAGUCAUCACCUCUAUACAUGCUGGACUACCACCGCGACCGCAUGCUAAGAGCAGCCACCUACUUUGGAUGGACAGAUGCCAUAGCAGCAAUCGAUGGCGAUGCAGGUCUUGCGCGCCUCGAGGAUUUCAUCCUUGGCCUACCUGAAAUAGGCGACCAUCCACUCCGAGUCAAGGUGACUCUCUCCAAAGCCGGGAAAUUCGGGCACGAGGCCGGUCGGGUUCCAGAGCAGUCCCUGUCCAACUUGUUCCCACCGUCACUACCGCCGCCUGGUCAGGAAGCUCACGAUGGCGGCGGCGUGGCCAAAUCCCCGACUUACCGGAUCUUCGUGGAUCUGGAUCAGACUCCUCCGUCCGAGUACACCCACUAUAAGACGACAAGGCGUGAGAUGUACAAUUCCGCCAGACAGAGGAUGGGAAUUGGGGCUACAGACACCGCCGAAGUUCUUCUUGUCAAUACUAGCGACGGCAGCAUCAUGGAAGGUAGCUUGGUGACACCCUACUUUUGGAAAAAUGGUCGAUGGGUCACUCCUCCUGUGCCGACUCGGUUUAGUCGAGAACAGAGCGGCGGACAGGAUGGCACUACGAGAAGGUGGGCGCUUGAGAGAAGGCUUUGCGUCGAAGAACCUGUGAAAGCCUCGUCUCUGGUCGAGGGGGAAGAAUGUUGGAUAAGUAAUGGUGUUCGCGGCUUCAACUUUGGAAAGGUAACACUGGCCAAGUGA